AUGGACGAGACACCUACUGUCUCAAGCUUCAAUGCACAGCCGAACGAUGAAGAGUACGAGCUGCGAACCAUCUCUCAGACCAGACACUUGGUCACAAAAGACGACAGCGCCCGUGAGCGCAGCAGUGCACAACGUAUCUUCCAGAAGGGUGGAGUUGGUCAAUUUCUAUUUGGCACCUCUGUAGGUUGGCGCAUCUACCUGGCUUUCUUGGUCUUCUGGGUUGGCGGUUGUCAAUUCGGCACGCUGCUCAUGAACAGAUUCAUACUCUGGACGGGCACUUACAAGUUCCCUUAUCCACUCACUUUGACGCUGUUGCAACUCUGUAUAACUCAUCUCUUUCUGCUGGGCUUCGCUGCUCUGACUCGAGGGCUUGCUGGUCCGCUACGAACCAUCGGUCUUGGUAACAUUGUCGCUCCUUCUCGAGCUUACAACAAGGGAAAUAGACCUACGAGGUAUACUGGAGGCUUGAGAACAAAAUCCGUCUUUUCCAACAUUUCUCACUGGUUCCUGCACGGUUCAGGAGGCAUCGCGGGAGGUGGUCUGUUCGAGUACCAGCGCAAUGCGGCCAAGCACGUCCUUCCCGCCGCUAUCGUCUUUCUUGGCAGAAUUGUUCUGUCCAACAUCUCCCUUGCCUAUGCUGUCAUGCCAAUGUACAUGAUCUCAAGGAUUGCCAUAGUCCCUUUGACCCUGAUACUCACUGCCGUCUUGCUUCGCCAGCAACACUCGAUCCAGACCAUGUCAGCCGCCAUAAUCGCAACCAUGAACUUGCUCAUGACUAGUAUUCGGUCUGGAGAACGCGACCCUUGGGAGUCGGUAGUCGCUGGUGUUUCCAGUUCGCUUUUCGUUGCUCUAUACCCAGUCCUUCUCCUUCGUGGAUACCGCCAGCUAGUCUCCGACUUAGUACCGCAAGGUGAUUUACUCAGUGCCACAGACUCGCAAACCUCAACUGUCAGCACAGGCACGAAAGAAGAGACACGCGCGUACUGGAGAGCCCUACACUACACAUCCUCGCUCACAAUAGUCAUGCUCAUUCCGUUUGUUCUCAUAUCUGGUGAGCUCAGGCAAAUCAGCCGCAACUGUUACUUCUUGGAUGUACCUUGGUUCUGGUUCCUCAUGUCCUGCGCAUCGCUUGGCGGCUUCGGUGUCUUCUCGUCUUUCCUGCUUCUGGUGAAAGCCACAUCUCCUCUAUCAGCCAACUUUGUCUCACUGCCGAGAAGUGUCUUCCAGAUUGUAGUGUUGAGCAAGUUCAAGAUGCCUGCGCACAGCUGGGUUGGAGCUGGUCUCUGUAUCCUUAGUUGUCUUUGGUACUGUCUUGCAAGGAUCAGAGAAGGCAGAGGCAGAGGCAGCUUCGGUGGUCUGUAG